AUGAAACAUCAAAGGCAAUUAAGGAGAUUAGACGAAUUCUAUGCUCAUAAUAAAUCAUUAGUUAUUUCGUAUGUUGAAUUGUGUGUUGUAAAUCCGGAUCCGGAGAAGCAAACAUGUCACCAUAAAGCAGCCAGCCAAAUAAAUACAUAUUUAAGAUUAACACCACAAACAGAUACUCGUGCAUGGAAUUUCUGA